CGCGUUAGCAGGGCGUGGCCGAGCUGUGAAAUGUCAGGGAGGAAUGGCGCUCGGCGCGGUAUUUUGAACAAUCGUCUUUUCCUUUGCCUGUUUUAUCUGGAUACAUUCCCCUGCAUAACAAUUCCGUAACUGAGAGUUGAGAUUUUGCAAGCAUGGAUGUGGUGUCACCAGAGCUCAACAGUCUCCUUCCUGAUGAGAUUAUGGAUACUGAGGCCAUCGUAAUGGAGGAUGUGCCCGCCUCACAACCCGAUGGCACCGCUGUCCAGUCAGAGUCCGGUGAUGACGUACCGAUCCCAAUGGAAACAGAUACACCCGUUGUUUCUGAAAAUUUGAGCUUCUGCUCAGAUGCCUCUUCGACGGAGCACACCCAGGCUCUGACCACUUCCACCAUCACGGACUCCAUGCUAAGUAUCAGCUCUGAAAGCCAGCUUCCUCUCACACUCUCCAGUGCAUCGUCAUCCCUUCUCACCCUUAAACCAACCCUGGCCACUUCCACGGCCACCACCAAAACUACAGAUAGCGUGACCGGGACGAGCGUGACUACAAGUGGGUUACAAAGGCUCUCGGCUCCUUUUACCAUCUCUGCUGCAAACCACCAGAUUAUCCUCAAUAAGGUGGCCUCUUCUCAAGCCAUUGAAGCUGCAAAGUCUGCAAGCAGUUCAACCCAGGCUGUGAAGCAGGAAGGCCAGAAAUUUUUGGUUAGAACAAUAGGGAAGUCAGGGCAACCCAUAGUGUUCCAGUUGCCCAGCACAGGCAGCAAGCCCGGGGUUGGGCAGGCUUCAGGUGACGCCAAGUCCCAGGCUCCUCAGUUUAAGGUGGUGACCAUUGGGGGAAGGACUGAGCUGAAGCCUGUGAUUGGGAGCACUGCCAGCCAGGUGCCUACGCCGACCCCGCAAGUGAAGACUGUGCAGAUCACUAACAAAACACAGGUUUCCUCAGCCACGCCUAUAAAGUUUAUCAUCGCUAAUACAGUAAACAGCAAAGGACUAACUGCUCAGAGAUCAGUCUCUCCUGUUAUCGCAGGACGGGUCCUGACUCAGAACCCCCCGGUGCUGCCUCCAAGGACCAUUACUCUUUCCGAGCCCCUCAACACUAGCAUACAGAGUAUGUCCAGCAAAAAGAUUGCUAUUUCACCCCUCAAGACUCCCACCAAGCUGACUGUGGUAUCUGUGGCUUCUCAGAUCCCCACCUCCACUCAGAAGCCAAUGACACUGCCUGUCAAUGUAGCUCUCGGACAGCAAAUACUUACAGUGCAGCAGCCCACAACUGCAUCUCCAGCCAAGGUGGUGUCCAGCCAGUCCACAGCACAGAAUAUAAAACCAUUGCAGUCAGUGGCUGUGGGGGGUGUCAGUGGCUCCCAGUUCAAGACCAUCAUCCCCCUGGCCACCCAGCCGAAUGUGCAGCAGAUUCAGGUGCCAGGUAGCAGGUUCCACUACGUCCGCCUUGUCACAGCAACCACAGGCAGCAGCACAGGACAGACCAGUGGUCCCAGCACAAGCUCCAUACAACCAGCUAAACCAAUGGUGGUCAAUACAGGAGCAGUGAGGAUGUCUGUCCCGAUUGUCCAGGCACAGACCAUGAAACAGGUGGUCCGUAAGCCUUUGACAUCAACGGCUCAGGUUGUGACCACCAGUCAUCCCCAGCAACGCCUCAUCAUGCCUGCAACUCCCUUACCAAUCCAGCCCAAUUUCACCAACCUACCUCCAGGCACUGUUUUUGCACCAGCUCCUGGGGGCGGGAAUGUGGGCUAUGCAGUUGUGCCAGCACAAUAUGUCACACAAUUCCAGCAAUCACCGUAUGUGACCCUGGCAAGUAGCUCUGGUUUCCCUGCUUGCUCUGGUAUCCAGUCUCAGGCCAGACUACCACUCAAUGGCUUGUCAACGGCAGAAACAACCUCAAGACCAAGGAAGCCAUGUAAUUGCACCAAGUCACAGUGUCUCAAACUAUACUGUGACUGCUUUGCAAAUGGAGAGUUCUGCAAUAACUGCAAUUGCAACAAUUGCUUUAAUAACCUGGAACACGAAACAGAACGACUUAAAGCCAUUAAGACAUGUCUGGACCGCAAUCCUGAGGCCUUCAAACCUAAAAUUGGCAAAGGGAAAGACGGGGAGUCAGACCGCAGACACAGUAAAGGCUGCAACUGUAAACGAUCAGGAUGCCUGAAGAACUACUGCGAGUGCUACGAGGCAAAGAUCAUGUGCUCGUCCAUUUGUAAGUGUAUUGGCUGCAAGAACUUUGAGGAGAGCCCAGAGAGGAAGACUUUGAUGCACUUGGCUGAUGCUGCAGAAGUUCGGGUACAGCAGCAGACUGCAGCCAAGACCAAGCUUUCUUCACAAAUCUCAGACCUACUCAUGCGGACCGCACCUGUUAUUUCAAGUGGAGGCGGAAGGCUGCCUUACACUUUUGUGACGAAGGAGGUGCUUGAAGCAACAUGCGAGUGUCUGAUUGAGCAGGCGAAACAGGCGGAGCUAAGUCAUCAGCCUCAGGCCCAAGCAGAGAGGCUGAUCUUGGAGGAGUUUGGACAUUGCCUCAUGAGGAUAAUCAGCUCCGCGGGGAAAGCCAAAACAGACUGUGCUUCCAUCAACUGCUAGGCCAGGCUCUCUGGUGCUCCCUACAUACCAACCACCCUUAGCCAUCCCUGGGGGUGCAGAGGAAUGGAUAUACCUGUUCUGUGUUUCAGACCCUUCAGGCUUAUCUUUGCAGGGAAGAGCAGGGUCUCCCUCAUCAAAAGGCAGAACUAUUGACAGUAGAUGAGUUGCACUGCCUUGGCCAAGCUGUGGCCAGCUGGAAUUGUAAAAAUGGAACAGUCAUGUGCACUGUUCACCUACUUUGUAAGCAAAACAUUUAAGGGCAAAUGGAUUGAGCUAAAACUUCUUUGAUGGAACCACCCUCUAACUUUUCAUCACAUCAGUUCACAUGGAUGUGAUGGACAAGAAUGAAUCAACUGAGCAGGGCAAUGUUGAGCAGGAACAGAGCAGAGAACUGAAAGGGCCCUACUUGGCCUCAUCAGUUCUCUGAGUUUUACCCCAACUUUUAUUCUCCCAUUUUUAAAAUUUUGUUCAAAAUGUCUGUAAGCUCAUUUUUAUCUCCGCCAGGCGGCAAGAUGGAAAGCGUCAUGCAUUUGUUCAUGUUUAUCUGUCCGUGCGUGUAUCUGUCUGCAGCUAAUCUCACAUACUGCUGAGCCUGAUAUUUUUUGUGCACAGUUGUGACUGUAUAAUCAAGGAGCUCUUGUGGUUGCAGUGAUUCAAAACCUUUGAAAAAUCAGUUUUAUACUGCAAUUGAGUGCUAACCUGUUUUAUACCACAAUUGAGUGCUAACUCCUCAGUCAGAGCACCUGAGAAGGGGAGAUGCGCAGACAAUGACUCCGUAUUUUCCCCUGUCCUGAUAGGCGGAAAAAAAAGGGUUUAGGAAUUGGGUUUUGGAAUUGUUCCUGUCCAGAUAUGCAUGCCAUGGUAAAACAACACGCCUGGUGGAGAUCUACUGAGUGCACUCUUAUGUAAUCAGCAGGGUGACUUUAGUUGUUAUGUAGUUUUCGGAUUUUAGAUUUCAGUUUCAAUUAAGUUCUAGUAUUCAAGGUGCAUUUACAGGUUUCGUUUUCAAUUUCAUUUUCUGAAAAAGUUCUAGCAUUAGUCUUGUUUCUGUGUUGUUCAUUAUACACAUUUCUCGGGUAGGAUUAAAGGUCACUUAUACGCAAUUAGUUAAUAUUAGCUUCUUAGUGUGUGCUCUUUAAAUGCACUUUUAAAUUUUGUGGGUUACUUCCCCUUGAGAUUAGUUCCACAAAUUUUAUCCUCAGUGAUUAUGACACACUUGCUGUGGUCAGAAAUCAGGUUGCUUUGUCGUACACAUUGAAGUUUUAGUGUAGUUGAUUAGAGCCCUUAACCACUGUGAACAGUCUCAGUGGGCUCAACAGGCCAACUGAAUAUGUGAAGCAAAAUGACACCCCUUGACCUAAACCCCCAUAAUGGUAAAAAAAAAAAAAAAUCACCCCAAAAUAACAGUAAUACUACUACUACUAAUAAUAAUAAUAAUAGAGGAGCCAAAAGGGAGGGAAAUGGAAGAAAUCUUGGGAAGCAUCACCGAGAACGAGAACCCCCUUCCACGCAGACUAAGAGUGCAUUGGGUGUUGAGUGGUUAGUUGUUUGUUAAAAUCAAAUAUAGUCAUUUAAAUUUAAUCCAAUGAUAACAAAUCUAACUAAAAACAGAAUAAGGCAGAUAUUACAAUAAGGGUAAAUACAUGAAAGAAACUGAUAAGGCAUGAAUCAAAGAACAAACGUGUAAGACGUGACAAUUGCAUGCACAGACAACAAGGGAUGAACUUUGAUAGCCUUUGAUUUACUCAGUGUUGAGUAAAUGAGAACAGGCAUUGUGUUUAAUGGGUAUGUAGAUCUGGGUAUCAUCAGCAUAACAGUGAAAGUUGGUGUCACAACAACAGAUGAAUUCAGCUAGAGGAAGCCUAAAAAUUGAGAACACCAAAGUCAACAUUGUAUAUAUACUGCAUUACCGUAAUAAACACAGUGCCAACCAUGAAUGCCAAUGAAGUUGUCAAGGCACUCUAAAAGAAUGGUGUGAUCAACAGUGUCAGAAGCUGCAGUCAUAUUUAGUAAUUUAAAAAAAUGAAAUCCAUGGCUGGUAGAAUAUCACUGACCACCUUUGUGAGAGCAGUUUCAGUGGAGUGAGCGCAUUUAAAGCUAAACUGAAGUGGUUCUAAAAGAUCAUUGGUAGGGCUGUGACAACAACCAGAUUACCACAAUAUUGUGGUCAUGUGAUUCUUACUGAGGGAUACAUUUUUAAAAUGAAUUUAUUUAUUUGUGGUGCAAAUUACAGUUAUUAAAGCUAUUAUCACUGGCGGUCUUCCAGCCUGUGUUCGAGGGCUUCUGGAGAAGUAAAAUUUUUCAGUUGCUCGUAAGGGGUGAGAGACAGUCAGUUUAACAUAUGGGGGAAAGGAUAUGGAUAGGAUCUAGCUAAUCUCCAGAAAGUUACACAGACAUGGAACCAAGGUCAGCUUGUCCAGAGUCCCUGAAAAACCAGGCAAACCUUGAUUCAGAUUCGCCAUGAGGUUUGGUUCCAGAGAUAAGUGAAAUGUCAAAUUUUAUAUCUCCAGAACAGAGGGUUGUACAGACACAAGACCAAGACUGGCAUGUUCAGCGUUCCCAAAUCCCCCAGGUUGACAUUGGUUACAAGUCGCUCAGUACUUUUGGAGAUACUAAGCCUUGGCCCCCCACUCAAAGUGAGAAUAAAUAUCCUUGCCCUAUUCUGCCUCUGAUUGGCUGGUAGUAAUUGCCCUCAUUAGUUAGGGUUGAGAUAGGGUUAGAGUUUGCCAAUCAGGGGCAUAGUAGAGGUGAAUUUUCCUAGCCAGCAUCCAGUGUAUGCAGGACCAACAAGGCGAUUUAGUCUGACUCGAGACCAAGACUGGCAUGUAAACCGCCGUAUCCGUGGGGAUAAAAAAUGUAUACGGUCACAGCCCUCAUUGUUGGUGGACAUUAUGGAAUUAGAGUUGAAUGGCCAUAAUUUUUCAAGUAUUUUAGAAAAGAAAGGAAGAUUGCUGUGUAGUUAUUUAGUUUUCAGGAUCAAGAUUAGGUUCUUUAAGACACAGCUUGAUCACAGCCGUUUUAAAAAUGUAGCACACCAUACCUGAGGUAAAGGAGGAUUUUAGAAGUAUUGGGCCAAGAACUGAGUAAAGUUUUCUUUUUAAAAAAUUCUCUAAAUCUUAUUUUUUAUUUUUAUUUCAGUUAAUGAUGAUUAUUUUUAAAACAAUAGUCUUGUGUUUAGUUUUGUUAGUUUUCAUUAACAAAAGUAACACUGGUAAUCAGUAUGUCUACUCACAGGCAUACAGAACAAUAUUUUGAUAUUUAUUUUACCAAGUGCUCAUUGUGAGAGGUAAUAUUGUGGCAUAUAAUGCUUCAAAGUGUUAGAAUGAAGCAUUACAAACCUAAAAAAAUAGAGGCAAUAUUAGGCCUUAUCCAGCAGUAAAUAGUUGGGUGGGCACAUGUGUAAUACAUCAUGCAGAGAGCUUCCACCAUACAGAACUGCUCCAAACAGUUGGAACAUGUCUGCAUUGGCAAAGUUGAACAUGUUGUGGAAUGAUUCUGUUGACGCCAACAGCCUAGUUAUGGUCUGUGUUGUCACCUGCUCACUGCACUGUACUGUACUGUCUGAAAAAAAAACAUAAAACGACAAAUGACUAGUUAAGUCACAGUUCCAACACUUACUUCUAACAAGACAAGUGAGCAAACUCAAUGCAAAUAGUCCUCACUUGAUCCGUCCAUGCUGGCCUGAUGGUGCUGUAAUACAAAACUGCCCUAAGCCUGUUUGUAGUCAAGUUAGUUGGCAAAGUCGAUAAACAAACUGAACUUACUUGAAUUCAACAAAACAUUGACUGCUUUCUUCCUUAAGACAUUUUUAGAAUGUGUGAAAUUCCCACUGAUGAAAACAGUUGAGGGGGGGGAAAACUGCGAAAGAAACAAGGCAGACAUCACUAUAUUUUGUUCACAUUGGUGUCAUUGCUUUGUUUGGAAAAGGUGACAAGUCAUCAUGGCUCAUGAUAAAACUGCUGAAGCUAUUUUGGAUGAAUUGACAUGCACAGGCUGCAAGCUCUAGCUUGCGUAUGAGCACACACAACGAGUAAGAACCUGUUAACCUGAUGUCCUCCCUGAUACCAUUUUGUCUGCACCCCUAUUGUUCACUCUGCUGCUCUUCUGCUAACAUUAGUUAUGCCCGCAUUUCCUUUCCACCAGGACGAAGUGAUGAACUGAUUUCUUAGUGUUUUAUAUGGUCUUGAAUGCAGGAACAGUAAGGUGGUAAGGUCAGAGGUAUUACGAGAAUUGGGUUGAAUGGUGAAGUGAGCGCGAGGUCAGUCUUAAUGGCCCAAAUGGACAAAAUGCUGCAUCUUAUUCUUGGCGUUGGAGGAGGAGGUGGAGCUGUAUCAGACUUUACUGGAUUUGAAGAUAUUCAGUCAUAGAUACCUAAAAUUGGAGUUGUAGAAGUUUGAAUUUACUCACCUCAGGAUGAAUACCAUUUGUUAGACCUUUAUAAGAUCUUCUCACACAGACUGAGGGUGCUCCUAAAACCCUGACUGAAACAGUUUCUGAAGUAUGAUGAUGGCAUUUGACAGUAUUUAAAAUAAUGAUAAUGGAAUAGGAGCACUCAAUUAUCGAGUUUACCCUACUUGUCCUGUCUGAUAACGCAAAAAUGCCUUAAAACAAUACUAAAAGGGAUGGGAUAAAUAUUUUAUACUCGGGGGCUCAGAUUUCAAAAAUAUUUUUUUUCUGUUGAUGGGGUCUGGUGGGAAAGCAGUUGCUUGAGAAUUACAUUACCAUGUAUGCAUACAUAUCAAACCAGGUGUUUAUACUUUUCUGUUUUCAUGUUUUCUAGCUGACUUAACAAUAGUUUCCAGUGCAAACUACCUUUUCAUAAAAUGAUAACAUGAUUUGAAUGAACUUGUGAUGAUGCUGAAUGCAGUAACAGCUGGGAAGCACUUUCACAAUUUAUGUGGAUGACAGAUAUCGCUGCAAAGCUCCAGGUGCCCUCAAUGUCGAGGCAGGGCUGCAUGUGUGGCACCACCUCCAUCAUCAGUGUAGCUAUCCACGUGUCUCCUGAUGAAGGCGAAGCCUGUGCCUGUAAAACACUUGUAGUUAGUCUAACUCUGUAUCCCCACUGAUCAGACUGCUAAAGAACAGAAUACUUAAUACAAUAAUACAUCAUCAUUAAAGACAUAACGGCAGAACAUGAAGGAGGUUUAGAUUUUAGGUACAACCUCACCUCGUCCACCAUGCAUCGUGGGGCUUUUCACUUAAAAGUCAUGACUCUCUUACUAGUAAAAAUAUAAUUCCAACAGCCCAGAAUAAGAACUGAAGAACCCAUUAGUUAGCUUUAACUAGUCAAUUAUAUUUUUACAAGUGAGGAUUGAGUUGCAUAUCUGUAAUUUAAUUACAGAUGGAUUUUACUAAAAGUAAGACAGACUUACUAAAAGUAAGUAGGAGUGUAUACUCUAUACACUACUAACCAGCCUGCUCCAUGGGCUUAUAUGCAUAUAAACUUUUAAACAAAAUGUGUGCCAGAUCAAAUUUUCAUAUUUGUGUUAUAGGUUUUAUCUGCUGACAUGAUGUCUGGAUGUGGUACCCUUGGUCAAAAUUGCUAUAUAUAUAUAUAUAUAUGAUCAUAUAGACCUAGUAAUACUAGUAAGACUAGUAAAAAAUUGCAUUGUAGAUAUGUUGAAUUAAAAUUUCUACUAUAAAGUUUGUCAGUGCAGGCCUCUUCCAAAGUUUUUAACAGUAAAAACUGAAUUAUGACUUGUAAAAUUGUUGGCAUUUUAGGCUAAAAUGAUUUGCAAUAAAUGACAGAGGCACUGCCCACAAUAGCGGUGCACAAAAUGCCAGUCUGGGGAAGUGUAGCACACUGAGGUACCUGAUUUCAGUCAUGGCUUUUUGUUUUGUUGUACAAGUACCUCUCAUUACAUUUCCCGUUGUGAGCUUGGGUAAAACGGUCACUCAGUUGACACAUCUGUUCCUGUACAAAAAAAAAAAAAAAAAAAAAAAAAAAAAGAAUGCUCAGAAUUUCACUAGAAAUAGAUAAAAGUAUUGAAGAUAAUGCCUGCUCCAUUCAUACAACCAAGCUGUCUUGGUUAUAGCCUGCGUGAAAUGGGGAAGCAGUGUGACCAUGUGAUGUCUUACAGGAAACACCUUUUGUAGUUUAGUUUUCCUGUAUAAUCAGCUGAUGGAAAAGGAAAUCAUGUACAACAAUGUUGGCUUGUAUAAUUAUUGCAUAUAAAACAAGUAACUCUUAUGUAGAAUA